CUGAGGGUUAAGGUGAGCCAAAACAGCAUGGGAAUGGGACUUUAGCGCGCGCCAUCUUCCGCGGCAUCUUCCGCGGCUACAGCGUACAGCGUCGUCCACCGUCCCGCUUCAGAGUGAGCUCAAUCGAUUGAAAUUGAACACCCUCAACCUCCACCAGCAGAUCUACAGCACAACACGUUGAAGAUGGGUGCGCACGAAGGGGUAUAUCAUCCGCAGGAUGCCAUUGGUGCCGCGAUUACCGGUACAAUGAUUACGGGUGGCGCCGGAUUGUUCAUGUCUGCAGUUCAGAAUGCUCUCGCCAGAAAGAAUGUUGGCCCAUGGGGAGUCUUCACCAGGAGUGGUUCGACAAUCGCUGUUUUCGCGGCGAUGGGCGGUACAUAUGAAUUCACGAAAUUCGCAGCCGCCAACUUGAGGCAGAAGAACGACAGCUUGAACCCGGCCUUGGGUGGCCUUCUUGCGGGUUCAGUGCUUGGCUUCAAGCAGGGUUCGCUACCGGCUGUUCUGGGUUAUGGAACUAUGGCAGCGAUUCUGCUGGGCGCUUUCGAUUACACAGGAGGCCGAAUUAACGGCUGGAACAGAGACCCAGAGUCUGAUGAGUUUGACCGAAAGCAAUACAUGAGGAAGAACAGACGCCGCCCGAUAGAGGAGACGAUUUCUGAAGUUGGAGAGGGCCGAGGAGUAUAUGGACCUGGUUACCUGGACAGGAGGAAGGAGAGGAUCAAGGAGGCGUACGGCAUUGAUGUGCCUGGCGCCUCGUCCUAGAUUUCCUGUUUACUUCGCUUUCUAGACAACCGAUUGCACUUUAUGUACUGUACAUAUAUAACAAAUGAUCCGAACCCAACCGGUAACUGGACUUCAAAAAAUAUAUCCCUUUGUUUAACAAAGGGAUA